AUGGCGUCUGCACAGACAGAAGCACCUGUUAGUGGAUAUUUGCAAGAUAUUAGUCACUGGAACUGCUCUCUGAAUCAAAGGAUUUGGAUGAAAACAGAGAUGGAGUCCAUGGGGCUUUGGCCAGGAUCACGCCCAGUAAGACAACUCAUGAAUAUGGUCUCCUUGUGGCGCUAUCCACCUCAGCCCGAGCUCAUAGAGACAAGCAUGGGCCUUCCGUCACCAAAGUACUUCCAGCUCCAUCCCUUUUUCAUCUGGAAACCUGAGCACAGUAUAAAUGAAAGGCUUAGAAACAAUUACAUCCUGCCCUGUCUCUACAGCUGUCCAAAUCCGCAUGUUGUGUCCUCAGGUGUGGGAAGACCCCGAGUGAUCCUUGGCACUAGUGGGCAAUAUUACAUCCUUGCUUCACGUCUGUGCUGUAAGGCAUGUAAAAAAUACUGGUUUGCUGAUAAACCACAGUGGGUGGACAUGCUACCUCAGAGAUUUAGAAACAUCUUGCCAGCCUUCCUCACCUAUAAGAAGGCAAUCUGUAAAACAGUGAUGGAUGAACUGAGGCGCUCUGGAAAGUCCCCCAAUGAUAUGGCCAACCAGCUGUCUGAGGUGCUUCACCUUAAGUUUGAAAGGGCCCACCUUGCUUGCCUUCUAAUGGUGCAGAACGUCAGGGAUGCUGAAGCAGGACUGUAUGGCCAGAAAACCAUCACAGGAGCAUUGAGGAAGGACGACACACCUGCUUCGUUUGGGGGUUACGAAGACACUGAUUGGUGGCAUGGGGUGUCUGUGUCUGCACAUUAUCUGGUGGAGUGCUUGCUUCAGGAAUAUCAGCGUCAAGAGGCAGUUCUCACUCAGCUCCUUCAAGGCACUUUUGGACAGGUGUUCAGGUCAGAUCACACACGCAAAGUUGCUAGAAAAGUGACCCUCUCAUCUGGCACAAUGUCAUCCUAUGCUGUGAUUAACGAGAACUGGAUGAUCCUGUCCUGGGUGAUGCUGCAGUCUGAGAGUGAGCAGUCCUUGACGUCAAUGUACUGUGGGAUGGCCAAUCGCUACAGUGCUGCUGGCAUACCCAAGGCCAAGUACCAGUGGGUGGACAGGGACUGCUGUGCUGCAUUCAGAGUGAUGGACCCAGGACCGUAUGAGCACCAGCAGUGGGAAGCUUGGAGGACCACUGAAGCUACUGUGGCAGAGGUUACAUCAGGAAACCUCAAGAAUGUAAAUGCCGCUUGCCAGAAGUACAAUGAGGACAUGGUGGUUAAACUAGACUUGUUUCACUGUAUGCGGCGAUUCACCAGGGAAUGUGUUUCGGAGCACCAUCCUCUGUAUAGUUCCUUCUGCCAGUUCCUCUCUUCUGCCUUCUCUGUAGUAGAUCAGAGUGACCUGGAGAAACUGAAGAACGCAUACAAGUUCUGUGGAAUUGAGCCUGCUAAUCCUGCACAUCCGAGAGCACUGCAGGACAAAAGUGCCACAUCCUAG